UCGUUGUCUUUGGCUUUGGCUGAGCUAACGCUGCCUGAAGCCGUCGACGUUGUCGUUGUCGUUCUGAUAUUCGGUACUCACUGUUCGUGUUACCUCUUCUAUUCGUUGUGCACUGUGUACAGUGUUAUAUGCUGCGUAUACAGAGUGCUUGUGUAUGGUUGUUUGGCGCUGACGUUCGCUGCCGCACGCUACUCUCCGAUACCUUCUGUCGCCGAUGAAUGACGUUAGUUCACUUCGAUAGCUCUAUGAGUUUACACGUAGAAAAUUUCAGUCUUCGCGUGUCUGAAGCGUACAAAAUAGAAUAAGCAAAGUAAGAAGAUAUUAUUGUGCGGAUCGUUUAACCAAGCAAGUUGCUGAAUUUUUCAAAUGAGAAUGCGUGUUCUGAUUCUGAUUCAUGUAUAAAUGGAAAUCCAAAAGCAACCUUAGAGAUACUAUAUUAUCUUCGUGCUCAUCAUACAUUACGGUUAUUUUGAUAAAGUGCGGUUGACCAAUCUCGCUCGCAAAGCGACAGAAACCUGCCAGUGAAAAGUGUAUCUGGAAGCAAAAAAAAAAAAAAUCAUCUCCCAUAUUUGUCAAAUAUAUAAAGAAUUCUAACAAAUAAAACGAAAAGAAAGCAAUUAUUUUGACAAGAAGUUAAAAUAAUAAAUAAAAGGUGCGGGUGUGUAUCAAAUGACAAACAAGUAAUUGUGUAAAAAAUACAAGAUUGUUGAUGUAAUGAAUUCAACUCAAAACUUGUCGUAAUUUACAUACAGUUGAGUGCCCAUGUAUGAGCCAUAACUAAGCCUCGAUAGUCGCUUACUAGUCAAUUAAGCUUUCGCAAACCAAAAAACCGCCUCCGCUUAAUUCGCACAAGCUAUAGUAGCCGGCGGCAAAUCGAAUUUUUAGUGUUACACAACUUGUUGAUUUAAGCUUCAAUAAAAUCGGCGUAGAAGCAGUGGCCAGUGCGUCUAUAGUGGCAUACGCACCCAGUGAUUUCAAACAAAUUUCUACUCUUUGUUGCGUUGAGCAGCCAUUGCGCGCUGCUCUUAAUACAUCGUCGUCAUCGAAUUCUCCCCUGUGUACGUUGAACGAAAAGACUUCAAGACGGUUGCCUCACGGUUCGAGUGGAAUGAGCAUAGGGACACUGGUCUUCCUUUUGACAGAUCGGUAUUCAAGGUCGUUAAACUGAGCCCCAACUUGGAGCCCUACCCCGCCAGCGUGGAGGGCCUGAACAGCCCUAGAGCGGUGGGGAUGGCCGCCACCUCAUAUAUGACACCGUCCAGCGGUGAUCUAGAUAUGGCGCUAGGUGGUGGGGGUUAUCAUACUUCAUCGCCUCGAUCGGCCGCCGAUGCGGGCGAAAUGAAAUACAUGCAACAUCAUCAUCAUCACGCCGCCGCUGCUGCCGCCCACCAUCAGUUACCCUCAUCGCCUAGCCCGAAUGCAGUUGUGGGUGGAGCGGGUGGUGCGGGAGCAGGCGGUACUGGAGGUCUAGGUGUGUCAGCGAGUGGGCUUAGUUCGAUCACACCCUCUGGUAGUUUGGGAUCAAAUCACUGGACCCCUUUGCAUCCCUCAGAUCCAUGGGCGUCGAUGACACAUCAUACACACCAUCAUCCCGCGGACGCGGUGAAGCAAGAGAUGUCUCAUUUAUCACAGCAGUCACGCGUUCAACAAGGCAUGGCCUCCCCACAUACAUGGCACGCACCGGUUCAUACCACACACUAUGUUCCGACGGGUGGCUCACCUUUGCAAUAUCACCAUGCGAUGAACGGAAUGUUGCAUCAUCCUGCUCAUCCAGCGCAUCACCAAGGAGUGCCACCAUUGCAUCAUGCACUGCGUGGUGAGUCUCCACAACUUCAUAUACAUCCCCAUCAUCUGCAAGGCGAUCGUGACGUAUCGGGUGGUGAAGAAGAUACGCCUACCUCAGAUGAUUUGGAAGCAUUUGCGAAACAGUUCAAACAACGUCGUAUAAAGCUCGGUUUUACACAAGCGGAUGUGGGACUGGCGCUUGGCACCUUAUAUGGCAAUGUCUUCUCACAGACAACAAUAUGCCGCUUCGAGGCUCUACAAUUAAGUUUUAAGAACAUGUGCAAAUUGAAACCACUGCUACAAAAAUGGCUAGAGGAAGCUGACUCCACCACUGGAUCACCAACAAGCAUUGACAAAAUUGCGGCACAGGGUCGUAAGCGUAAGAAACGAACCAGCAUUGAAGUGAGCGUUAAAGGUGCACUCGAACAGCAUUUUCACAAACAACCAAAGCCAUCGGCCCAAGAGAUCACAUCGCUGGCCGAUUCCUUGCAGUUGGAAAAAGAGGUUGUGCGGGUGUGGUUUUGUAAUCGGAGGCAGAAGGAGAAGCGUAUGACACCACCAAAUACAAUGGGUGGCGAUAUGAUGGACGGUAUGCCACCAGGCCAUAUGCACCCACAUGGCGGCUACCAUCCACAUCACGAUAUGCAUGGAAGUCCAAUGGGUACACAUAGUCACAGUCACAGCCCGCCCAUGCUUAGCCCACAAAAUAUGCAGUCCGCGACCGGUCAUCAGUUGGCGGCUCACUAGCAAUCAGAAAUCCAGGAGUCGAACUCAGCUGCAGCUGCGUCCACUCCUGCAUCGCUGCAUCAGCAGCAACAACAACAGCAACAACACCAGCCACAUAACCAACAUGCGCCCAACACGCCAUCCUCCUCGGGCGGCUCCUCGGCGACAAUGACAACCAACGUGCUGUCGCCGCAAUCGCCGAUCGGUGCUGGAUUAACUGCUAAUAAUAACAACAAUAAUAAUACGCAUAACAACAACAAUGAAAGUGAUCACUUGAGUCAGGUGAAACAGCAGCAGCAACAACAAGCGUCAUCGAUAGCGGCAGCUGCAGCCGCCGCUAUGUACAUUGAUCCGAUGCGCUACCAACAUCACCAUCCACACCAACACCCGCACCUUAAUCCCGCGCACCACCCACACCUCUUCCACACCAGCGACCAGCAGCAUCCAGCGCUGCAACAUCCAACCGCUCACCACCACAAUCUGCAACAGCCACAGACAUCGCCCGGCGCCGGCAGCAGCAGCGGCGCCCUGCAAGCACCAUCCUCAUCGCCAUCCUCGGCGUCCUCGGUGUUGGGUGUGAGCAGCGCGACCGGCAUGCAUCACCUUAAUUUAAAUCCACACUCACUGCACCAGCAUCAUCAUCACCACCAACAGCAACAUCAUCACCAACAGCAGCAACAACAACUGCAUGCCCGACGCCUAUUCGAAUGGAGUCUGCAAUUCGGUGCCGCCGCACCAGGCGUGAGGCAUUUCAAUUCAUUUGGCGGCGGUGGCGAAUAGCAUACGUCCGCCGCAGCGGCAGCGUCAGCCGCCUGGUUUGGAUAUGAAUCGUCUUAAGCGUGCAAGCAUAAGACGUCGGAAGAAUCCAAGCUAGAGGCGGGUGCGCUUUUAAGCUGCGGCGUGUGCCGAACCGAGCUAAUUGAAAGGGUAUACUAGCGGCGGUGCAGAAUUCAACUAUUUUAUUUGGUGUAUAACUAUACGUGUAUAUACGGUAUAUACAGUAUACAUACAUAUGUAUAUACAUGCAUAGGUGCAGGGAACGAAGGACCAACGACCGAGUCACAGUACCACUUGAAGCGCGGUUUAAUAUUGAACCGCUUUAGUUAUAGUGGGUUAUAGUUAGGUAGACUUAUUAAGUAAGUGGACGGUUGUAUGCCAUUUGCCAGAGCUAUACCAGUGCAUUAAUCUGUGUUAACUUGAAAUUAGUUAAGUAAACUAAGUAAAUGAAUAAUGAACAACAUUAUAAAAUAAAUAAAAAAAAAAAAUUAAAAAAUAAGCAAAUACAAAGAAAAAGUACGGUUUAGUAGUAAAAAUUUUUCACUGAAAUACAACAAAUACAAAGUAAAAGAAAUAUAAUUAACAGUCUACUUAAACUCCCCUAUAAAAUAAUUAGCAGCAAAGUCUUAAAAUCAAAUGUAAAAUAGAAUUAAAAAAAUUAAAAACUUUGAAAGUUUCUAAAACUUGCAAAUAAUAAUGCAAUUAAAAUCAAACGAGAAACUAAGUGAUGUUUUUAAGAAAAACAAAGUAAAUAGAGUUUUGCGUAUUUAAUAAAAAACAAAAACUGUGUAAUCGCAAAGGUAAUAAUCAACUAAAUUAAAUGUAAUUAACGAAUUCAAUAGUUUAUAGUUUUAUACAUGUACAAGUUCACUGUAAAUUUCUUAAAAAACAGAAAAUCAGAAAAACAGCAAAAUAGUGCAAACGUGAGCAACCGAGCAGCCGUAAGUUAUGAAAACACACAAACAAAUAUGCAUUAUUAAAAUACAUACGUAUGAGCAUUGCGUGGCAUUAGAAGAACUCGAAAAGCAACUGAGCUGCGUUUAAUUUUACCACUUGUUUCAAAAAGCCGCCAAAACUUGAAAACCUCCUGCAUGUAAACAGUGUUUGAUACAAUCAUUAAAUUAGUAAAUAUGAAAAUCACAAUAAAUACAAAAUGUAAAAUGCAGAGCGCCCAACUUGUUGAGCGGUAAGUGUCGCAAAGCGCGAGCACCAAAGUAGAGACAGCUCUGCGCGGUGGACACCGGGCCUCACGCAUGUUGGCCUGAGGGCGUGUUUUCUGUGCAGUUGCAUUUUGCGAAGGUAAACCUUUUACGUAUUAUUCAAUGCUUUGUUUGUCGUUAAAGCGUUUGCUAAAGAGUUUUUGUAAUUACGCUCACACUUAAAGGCACUUUUCGUAUAGACAAACGGUUGUAUGUAAAAAAUAUUGUAGACCAAAAGUUGGAGUAAAAAACGAGGAACGCAUUCGCUUAUCACAAAUGAAAAAUCAAAAUUCUAGUUUACUAUAAUGUACAUAUGUAGCUAUGUAUGUGUGUAGUACGAAUUUGCAGUUAUUUAAUAUAAAUUUACAUGCCUAUUGCAUUUUAUUCAAAUAAAAAUAAUUUUCUUUCGAGCCCCAGCAUUUGUUGUUAUAUAAUAUUAUGUGUAUAAAUUAAACAUUUCGUACGUUCUUCGCCAAAUGCUACUCUAAAAGAAAAAAAACAACAAAACAUUUAUUUGUGAUAAAUGAAAUGUAAAAUUCCUUUGUGCUUGCUUUUUUACAGUUAUAUGCUGGUGUUUAAGUAUAAAACACGAAAUAAAACUUAGUCAUAUUAUUUUAUAAAUUUCAACACAUUUGAUCUGUUCAAAAAUAUUUAUUUAUAAGUGGGAAGUCAAUAUUGUUAUUGUAUAUUAAUUAAGUUAGCUGUCGCAUAAGUGCAAGUAAGUCGUGUGUAAAUAAUAUACAUAUAGAGGUAAAAUAAAAUUUCUUUGAAUAAUUUGAAACAAAAAACUGGCAUUUCUUUAUUUUCGGCGUGUAAAUGGAGUCGGAGUAAGAGUUAGAUACUUAUUUCAUAAAUUUAUUAUUUUUUUUUUGUAAAAAAUUAGUUUUGAAGUGAAAUUUUUGUCAUCAUAGUGAAUAUAAAACACUUUUUUGGAAUAUCUAUAUAUUUUUAAAAGAUAAGAAACGUACUUAGUACUUAGACCGAGGUCUUGCGCUAUAUAAGCAACAUACAUAUGUACAUACACACACAGCUUUAGAAUGGCAUAAUGAAUAUCGAUGGCCGAGACUAAAUUCAGUACAACAUAACAUAACUGGAAGUAUAAAGAAUCUGUAUUGGUACUCGACUCGUCCUUAAGAGGUUAUUUACAGUUAGAAGACCAAAAACAAGCGCAUUUUCCAACAUUUUUUCUAAGAAAACUAAAAAAUAUAUUUGGGAAGCUCGUAUUAAAAUUUUCUGUGUGUAUGAUUAAAUAUAUGUAUGUAGUAUGUACCCCUUAAUUAAACUUCAUUUUAUGUAAAAAAUUAAUUUUUAAAUGCAUUUUUUGUCAUCAAAGUGCAAAUAGGUGAUUUUUUUUUGGAAUAUAAGUAUAUAUUUGUUUCACAAAAAAAAACUUAUUUAGGUCGAGAUCUUGCGCUCUAUUGGGCUCUGUUAAUAUAAACUAAAUAAAGAAAUAUUAACCCAGCUUUAGAAUGCCAUAAUAGAUAAAGAUCGAAAAAAAAUUAAAUUUGUAUUGACCCUUCACUAUUACAAUUCAACUGUGAAUUACUGCAAAUGACUGUAUAAAACUAAAUGUUUGCUUUAUCAUUCCUAAUAAAUUAUAAAGCUUGUCAGCUGUUCGUGAUUUUAUAGUUUUCCUAGGAAAUUUUGGUAAAAAUUAAAUGCAUUAAUUCAGAAACGUAGUAAAAUAUGUACUAUACAAAACAAAUAACAGCUCUGUUUCUAAAAAGAAUCCAAUGCAUAGUCUGAAUUAUAAUUUUUACUGUUAAUAUUUGUAAUUCCUCGUGCUUGCCACGAAAGUUUGUAGUACCUAGCAGACCGCUCUCCAAUGACAGUAACGAUAUCAUCAACUUUAUUUUGAAAGAAGUACGGACCGUUGAUUCCAAUAGACCAAAAACCACACCAAUGGUUGUUCAUGAAUAAUUUGUGGAUUUUUUUUUGCACCAGAAUCGACAAUUUUGUUUAUUUACCGCACCACUCAGAUGAGUGUGAGUCUCAUGAGUGAAUAUGAUUUUCUUAAUAAGCGUUACCGCUUUCAAGUGGUUCCAAGGCGAAAUCAGCAAAUGCACGACGUUUACGAUGGUCCAAUGGUUUCAGUUCUUGAGUGAGAACUAUUUUAUACGGCUGCAAGCCCAUAUCCUUUCUCAAUAUCCGACAGGUUGUGAUUCGAGACAGUUCUAAUUCUUGAGAACAUUUUGGAAUCGACAAACUGCAGUUCUCAGCAACACUUGCUUGAACGGCAGCAAUAUUUUCAGUACUUUGAGCGGUUGUUUGUUUUAUUGGCACUCUCAUCUGAGUGGUGCUUGUAAAUUUUCUACAAUUCGACGAAUAGCGAACACGGGGUGAUGUUUAUUACGACCAUAGAAUUGCAAAAGCUGCAAUUCAAGAACGAUUACUUUGAUAAUAAAAGUUAGUAACUUGUAAAGUUAGUCUCGUGUAUAUCUAUCCGUAAUAAAAUUGUAGACAUUACGGAAUACAAUGAAAAAAGGGACAGCUCAUGACAUAAAAAAUGACCGAAACGAUAUUUGGAAUUAUAUCAUCUCUACUGAAAAAUUCGGUAUAAAACUGAAGUAAAGUCCUUAUAUGUAAAUUUUUAUUUAACAAGAUAUCUUUAUGAAAUUUGGCAUGGAUAAUUAUUUUAGCUAACGGUAUAAACUCUGAAUAAAUUAUUUAAAUUGGACCACUGUAGCAUGAAGCUGCCUUAAAACUGAACGAUAUGAGUCAAGUUCUUGUGUGGAAAAUGUUUUUCUUUGACGAGAUUAAUACACGACAUUUAACAACGAUUCAUUCUUCGUACAAGUUGUUCAGAUCGGUCCACUAUAGCAUAGCACAGCUGUCAUACAAAUUGAUCUAUCAUAGAAUUGCAAAAGCUACAGGUCUUUUUAUACCCUUUUCUGCUAUAAGGAGUGUACCUGUGAAGCGUAUUAUGCCUUCAGUGGAAUGUUGACGUGUUUUGUUUUUGAUUUUUUAAUCUACCUCUAUUCAUUAGAGGUGAUUUAUAUACGAAAUAAAUAAAUUUAAAAAAUAAAUUCUUACAUAUUCGUAUGUCGUUGGGUUAACCGGUGUUAGAAAUAGUAUUUUUAUAAUAGACCCGCCUGAAAAGAAUUUGAUCUUUGACUCUAUUUGUAAAGUGGUUCGUUAAACUUAAAUUUAUAUUUAUAUCUUAUAUUUUUGUAUAUUACUCUGAUUCUUUAUGGUCUUUCUAAACUUUUCGCAUUUCGCACUUGCAGCUACAUAGUAACGUAACGUUAGAUGUCAUUAAGCUCCGCCGAUUUUGUCUUUCAUUUAACUUAUUAUUAUUAUUUCGCUCAACUUUUGGUCUACAAACUAAAAACAACAAAAAAAAAACAAAAGUUGAAAAGUAAAACUAGCAAACGGUAGUAAUAAAUCAAUAAACAUUAAAAUAAAUUAUUUCCUACAUUUAUUGCAAUAUGCGCGCAUACGUCAGUUAUAUCGACAGCAAUGCUAUUAUGAGUCCAUUUAUAGGUUAUGAGGAUCGUUGCACUCUUCUGUAAAUAAUUAAAUAAUUAGCUCUAAGUAUGAUAAUUUUUUAUCAAACAAAUUUUUAAAAGAAAUACCAAUUUAUAUAAUAAUUAUAAAAGUCGGAACACAAAAUUAAAAAAAAAACUUUUCCCCGAUAAUGCAGCGCUAGAAAGUAAGUAUUAGCUUUAAAGAUAUAUGUAUGUGCAAAAUAUAAUUAAUCCACAGUUAGUCAAAACAGGAAACCUACAGAGGUACACUAAAAACAUAAAUACACGCGCCUGUAUAAGAACACAUAUACAUAGAUAAGUAUAACUGUACUUGUAUAAAAAGAUAAUAGCAGCAAGGACUCAAUAGUUAUACGUACAUAUAACAAAUGCCAGACGAGAAUCUUAAAAUAUUUAGCGGGAACACGUGUAAUUGUAAAAGCUGUAUUGUAAAAUAUUGUAAGUACGAAAUAAAUGAAAUUUUUAAAUUGAGAAAAACUCUGUUGUUGUGCUCUGGGCAUUGUUUUUACUGAAAAGAAAAUGAACGACAUAUUUUUUCAAGUUUUAACUUACAAUAGUUUUUUUUGCUAACUAUGAGAAAUUAUUGCUGUUGGUUUAGUGAUAGGAUUUUAAGGGGUUAUAUACCGUUAGAAGGCCGAAAACAUUCCGGAUUUUUUUUUUU